AUGGGAGCCCCGGUGCCCGCGCUCUGCUGGCUGCUCGUUUGCUUCUGGCUGCCCUGGGCCGAGCCGGCUGGGGAGUCCCCGCGGGUGCAGCGUCUCGCCGGGACACCCACAGCGUGGGGCGGUGUAGAGCUACAGCCAGAGCCUGCUGGGGAGCCCAGCAGCAACCACCCGGAGGCAACCCUAGCCAUAGGAGCUGCUACAACAGUGAUAGGAAGCCAGGAGACUGAAGCCCUGGACUCUUUGGCCAUGUCUUCCUGGGAAAGACGGCUCCACCGGGCCAAGUGUGCACCAUCUUACUUGUUCUCCUGCUUCAAUGGGGGUGAGUGUGUGCACCUAGCCUUCUGUGACUGCAGACGCUUCAAUGCCACAGGACUGCGCUGCCAGAUGGUGUACAAUGCCGGCCCUGAGCGGGACAGCAUCUGCCGGGCAUGGGGGCAGCACCACGUGGAGACAUUUGAUGGCCUCUACUACUACCUCUCCGGGAAGGGCAGCUACACGCUGGUGGGGCGCCAUGAGCCCGAGGGGCAGAGCUUCUCUGUCCAGGUGCACAAUGACCCACAGUGCGGCUCCUUCCCCUACACCUGCUCCAGGGCCAUCAGCCUCUUCUUUGCAGGAGAGCAGGAGAUUCAUCUGGCCAAGGAGGUCACCCAUGGAGGCCACAGGGUCCAGCUGCCACAUGUGAUGGGGAGCGUGCGUCUGCAGCGCCUCGCCGGCUACAUCAUCGUGCGCCAUCAGUCAGCCUUCACACUGGCCUGGGAUGGCGCCUCGGCUGUCUACAUCAAGAUGAGUCCAGAGUUCCUGGGCUGGACCCACGGGCUGUGUGGGAACAAUAAUGCUGACCCCCAGGAUGACCUGGUGACCAGCUACGGGAAGCUGACUGAUGACGUGGCUGAGUUUGUGCACAGCUGGCAAGAGCAGGCCCCAAACCAGCCUCCAGGGCCCAUGACUUCCUCCCUGCCCCGCCCCCCCUGCCUUCAGCAGAGCCCGAUCAGCAUGCAGGGUGUGUAUGAGAGGUGUGAAGCGCUGCUGCGGCCCCCCUUUGAUGCCUGCCACGCCUACGUCAGCCCUCUCCCCUUCACAGCCAGCUGCACCAGCGACCUCUGCCAAUCAAUGGGUGAUGAAGCCACUUGGUGCCGGGCGUUGGCAGAGUAUGCCCGGGCGUGUGCCCAGGCGGGGCGGCCCCUGCAGGACUGGCGAACCCAGCUCCGGCAGUGCACCGUGCACUGCAAGGAGAAAGGCUUCACCUACAAUGAGUGCAUCGCCUGCUGCCCUGCCUCCUGCCAACCCCGCGCGACUUGCGUGGACAGCGAGAUCGCCUGUGUGGACGGCUGCUACUGCCCCAACGGACUGAUCUUCGAGGAUGGGGGCUGCGUGGCACCGGCUGAGUGUCCCUGUGAGUUCCACGGGACCCUGCACCCACCUGGCUCUGUGGUGAAAGAAGACUGCAAUGCCUGCACAUGCACUGCGGGCAAGUGGGUGUGCAGCACGGCUGUCUGCCCAGCUGAGUGCUCAGUGACUGGGGACAUCCACUUCACGACCUUUGAUGGCCGCCGGUACACGUUCCCCGCCACAUGUCAGUACAUCCUGGCCAAGAGCCGCUCCUCUGGCACCUUCACAGUGACACUGCAGAAUGCCCCUUGUGGCCUGAACCAGGAUGGAGCCUGUGUCCAGUCGGUGUCAGUGAUUCUGCACCAGGAUCCUCGGAGGCAGGUUACCCUGACCCAGGCAGGGGAUAUCCUUCUGUCUGACCAGUACAAGAUCACCCCACCCUACACAGACGACGCCUUCGAGAUCCGCAGGCUGUCCUCCGUGUUCCUGCGGGUGAGGACCAACGUGGGCGUGAGGGUGCUCUACGACCGCGAGGGGCUGCGGCUCUACCUGCAGGUGGACCAGCGCUGGGUGGAGGACACCGUGGGCCUCUGCGGCACCUUCAACGGCAACACGCAGGACGACUUCUUGUCCCCAGUGGGUGUGCCUGAGAGCACCCCGCAACUCUUUGGCAAUUCUUGGAAAACACUGUCUGCCUGCUCCCCACUGGUCCCUGGCUCCCCACUGGACCCCUGUGAUGUGCACCUGCAAGCUGCCUCCUACGCAGUGCAGGCCUGCAGUGUGCUCAUGGAGGAACUGUUUGCGCGCUGCUCCACAUUCCUGAGUCCUGUGCCCUACUUCGAGCAGUGCCGCAGGGACGCGUGCCGCUGCGGGCAGCCUUGCCUGUGUGCCACGCUGGCCCACUAUGCCCGCCUGUGCCGGCGUCAUGGGCUCCCCAUCGACUUCCGCGCCCGCCUGCCAGCUUGUGCACUGUCCUGUGAGGCCACCAAGGAGUACAGCCCCUGCGUGGCCCCAUGUGGACAAACCUGCCAGGAUCUGGCCAGCCCUGAGGUCUGUGGGGUUGAUGGUGGCAGCGACCUCAGCAGGGAUGAGUGUGUGGAGGGCUGUGCCUGCCCAGCAGACACCUAUCUGGACACCCAGGCCGACUUCUGUGUCCCCAGGAACCAGUGCUCCUGCCACUUCCAAGGAGUGGACUAUCCCCCUGGAGACAGUGACAUCCCAUCCCUGGGCCACUGCCACUGCAAAGAUGGAGUCAUGAACUGUGACAGCAGAGCUCCAGCUGUUGCCUGCCCAGCGGGCCAGGUCUUUGUGAACUGCAGUGACCCGCACAUGGACCCCGAGCUGAGCAGGGAGAGGACAUGUGAGCAGCAGCUGCUGAACCUGAGCGUGCCAGCCCGCGGGCCCUGCCUCUCAGGCUGCGCCUGUCCCCAGGGGCUGCUCAGACACGGAGAUGCAUGCUUCCUGCCAGAGGAGUGCCCAUGCACUUGGAAGGGGAAGGAGUAUUUCCCUGGGGACCAGGUGAUGUCUCCCUGCCAUACCUGCAUGUGCCAGCGGGGCUCGUUCCAGUGCACCCUCCAUCCCUGCGCCGCCACCUGCACUGCCUAUGGUGACCGCCAUUACCGCACGUUUGACGGGCUCCCAUUUGACUUCGUGGGGGCAUGCAAGGUGCACCUGGUCAAGAGCACGACAGAUCUCAGCUUCUCUGUGAUUGUGGAGAAUGUGAACUGCUACAGUUCUGGCAUCAUCUGCAGAAAAUUCAUUUCCAUCAACGUUGGGAACUCACUCAUCGUCUUUGAUGACGACUCAGGAAAUCCAAGUCCCGAGAGCUUCCUGGAUGACAAGCAGGAGGUCCACACGUGGCAAGCCGGGUUUUUCACACUGGUACACUUCCCAAGGGAGCACAUCACCCUCUUGUGGGACCAGAGAACCACCGUGCAUGUCCAGGCUGGGCCUCAGUGGCAGGGCCAGCUGACGGGACUUUGUGGGAACUUUGACUUAAAAACCAUCAAUGAGAUGAGAUCCCCAGAGAACCUGGAGCUAACUAACCCCCAGGAGUUCGGCAGUAGUUGGGCUGCAGUUGAGUGCCCAGAUACCCUUGACCCCCGGGACACAUGUGUCCUGAAUCCUCUCCGAGAGCCGUUUGCCAAGAAAGAGUGCAGCAUCCUGCUCAGCGAGGUGUUUGAGACCUGCCACCCUGUGGUCGAUGUCACUUGGUUUUACUCAAACUGCCUGACGGACACCUGUGGGUGCAGCCGGGGUGGCGACUGUGAGUGCUUCUGUGCCAGCGUCUCUGCCUAUGCCCACCAGUGCUGCCAACACGGGGUGGCCAUCGACUGGCGAACCCCACGCCUCUGCCCCUAUGACUGUGACUUCUUUAACAAAGCACUAGGUAAAGGCCCCUACCAGCUGUCCAGCCUGGCGGCCGGCGGCGCCCUGGUGGCCGUGAAGGAGGUGGGCAAUGACAUAGUCCUGGUGAGGGCAGAGGAUGUGGCGCCAGGGGACAUCGCGAGCUUCCUGCUGACAGCUGCCCUGUACAAGGCCAAGGCGCAUGACCCAGCUGUGGUGUCCCUGGAGGCAGCAGACAGACCCAACUUCUUCCUCCACGUCACAGCCAAUGGUUCCCUGGAGCUGGCUAAGUGGCAGGGCCAUGACGCCUUCCACCACCAUGCCUCCUUCUCGCUGCACCAGGGGACAUGGCGGACAGGCCUGGUAGCCCUGGAGUCCCUGGCAAAGCCCGGCUCCUUCCUCUUCGCCUUGGGUCCCGCACUGGCCCUGCGGCUGUAUGAGCACACGGAGGCGUUCCGCCAGGGCACGCUCUUCCGCCUGCUGGAUGCCAAACCCUUGGGGGCUGCCUACCCCAUGUGCGAGUGGCGCUACGAUGCCUGUGCCAGCCCCUGCUUCCAAACCUGCCGGGACCCACGGGCAGCCAGCUGCCAGGAUGUGCCCAGGGUGGAAGGCUGUGUCCCUGUGUGUCCCGUUCCCAAGGUCCUGGAUGAAGUCACACAGAGAUGUGUCUACGUGGAGGACUGCGUGGAGCCUGCAGUUUGGGUUCCCACAGAGGCCUUUGGCAAUGAGACCCUGCCUCCCAGUCACGUGCCGCCCACCCCCCGUGACAAGGAGUCUCAGCAUCCACAGGAAAGCCCCAGGAGCCCCACGUACAGCUCAACCCUGGCCCCAGCAGCCCCCCUCACCACAACCCCGAGCCCACCGACAUCAGCCACAGAGGGACCAGUGCUGUCUCGGGGCCCCACCCAGCCUACCCCUCGGCAACCACUGGGGCUCACUGCAUCCAAACUCUCUGCCCGCCCCACAGAUGCCCCAGCCAGCAAGGGGGUGACCGCCAGUCUCCUGGCUGCAUCCUCCUCCCCUGAGUCCUCAUCCCUCCCCCUUCUGCCACACACACCCACACCAGGCGUGGUGUCGGUUGCUGUGGAGACAACCAGGGUGACUGUGACCUUUGCAGGGAGCCCCAACGUCACGGUCUCCUCCCGGUCGCCCCCUGUCCCUCGCCUGCCGCUCAUGACCAAAGCUGUGACAGUCCCAGGCCAUGGCUCUUUGCCUGUGAGGUCGACACCCCUACAGCCCUCCUUGCCAGCAAGGCCCUCCUCCAGGCCGGUAGCUCCUUCUGGAGUGACCUCCAGGCCCCCCACCUCCUCGGGAUCCCACAGGGCUAUGCUGACACCUGCAGUGACGAGGGUCACAAGCAAGACAGUGGCCCCCCAGCCCACCCACGUCCAGAGUGCUUCAAGUCCCAGAACCCCCCUAACCGUGGCUAAAACCCCUUCAGAGCAGGCUCCUGUCAGUCCCCUUGCUACCAAGAGGAUGGAGACAUUACCAUCCACAGAGAAGGGUGAAGCGGGGCACGGCCAGCCCACGGGCCUGCCGGCACCCCCACAUCCACACCCUCUCCCCACUGUCCUGUCCAGCCCCACCCAGCACGCCACCACAGCCACCAGGCCUCCAGCUCUGCCCCCAGGGACCCCAGCAGCCACCAGCCUGUCUAUAGGUACUCAUGGCCUGGGGUCCACACCUUUCAUGUCCCUUGAGUCAACUCGGCCAUCCCAGCUCCUCUCUGGCCUACCUCCCGAUACCAGCCUGCCCCUGGCCAAGGUGGGCACAUCUGCCCCUGUGGCCACACCUGGCCCCAAAGGCUCUGUCAUCACCUCUCCACUCCAGCCACAGGCCACGUCUCUGGCCAUGGUCACGACUCCAGCUGCUCAGACACUUAGCCCAGCACUGCCUCUCACCUCUGCUGCGGUGGCCCAAGGGCACCUACCUGGCCACACAACCCCUCAGGCAGCAGACAUGACUCCAGGCCUGCUUCUGGGAGCCACAUUGCCAACCUCUGGAGUCGCAGCUGUGACUGAAGGUGUGGUCUCCACAGUCCCUGUUGUCCCACGGAAGAGCACCACAGAGAGGAUGGCCAUCCUGUCCAAGCAUGUGUCUCUGCCUACCUCCCUCUAUGGCUCUUCCCAGGGGCCCACAGAGUUCACACCUGCUGUGGCCCACACCCUCGUCCCCUUGGUGACUGAAGCUGAGGGGCCCCUGGCUGGUACAGUGCCACCCAUGCCCACCUCCCAUCCCCUGAGGCGGGUCUCAGCCAGGACAGCCUCCCGAGAGAGCUCACUGGUACUGCUGCCUCAGCUGGCUGAGGCCCAUGGAACCUCAGAAGGGCCUCGGCCUCCAGAAGAGCCGGUGGGCGAGGCCACCACAGUACAAUCUGGGCGCUCUGCCCCAGUCCAGAGCAUCUCACAGGGUUCAGCAGAGGUCUUGGAAUCUACCACGGAGGCCAGUACACCUGACAUCUGUGUGCCAAUUGCCGAGCAGGACUGCGUCCGCCACAUCUGCCUGGAUGGCCAACUGAUCCGUGUGAACCAGUCCCAGCACUGUCCCGGGGGCGCGGCUCCCCCUCGCUGUGGGGUCCUGGGCCUCGCUGUGCGGGUGGGCGGGGACCGCUGCUGCCCCCUCUGGGAGUGUGCCUGCCGGUGCUCCAUCUUCCCUGACCUGAGCUUUGUGACCUUUGACGGGAGCCACGCCGCCCUGUUCAAGGAGGCCAUCUACAUCCUUAGCCAGAGCCCAGAUGAAAUGGUCAACGUCCACGUCCUCGACUGCAAAAGUGCCAACUUGGGGCACCUGAACUGGCCCCCGUUCUGUCUGGUGAUGCUGAACGUGACUCAUCUGGACCAUCAGGUCACCAUUGACCGCUUCAACAGGAAGGUGACCGUGGACUCACAGUCCGUGUGGCCCCCCGUGAGCAGGUAUGGGUUCAGAAUUGAGGACACAGGCCACAUGUACCUCAUCCGGACACCCUCACACAUCCAGAUCCAGUGGCUCCACAGCUCGGGACUCAUGAUCCUGGAGGCCAGCAAAGCCAGCAAGGCCCAGGGCCAUGGCCUGUGUGGUAUCUGCGAUGGGGAUGCAGCCAAUGACCUCACCCUAAUGGACGGCUCGGUGGUGGGUGGGGCUGAGGAUCCUGCUCCCUUUCUGGACAGCUGGCAGGUGCCCAGCUCCCUGACCUCAGUGGGCCAGACCCGCUUCCGCCCAGACAGCUGCGCCACGGCUGACUGCUCGCCCUGCCUCCGUAUGGUGUCCAAUCGCACCUUCAGCGCCUGCCACCGUUUUGUGACCCCAGAGUCGUUCUGUGAGCUGUGGAUCCGGGACACCAAGUAUGUGCAGCAGCCCUGCGUGGCCCUGACCGUGUAUGUGGCCAUGUGCCACAAGUUCCACGUGUGCAUCGAGUGGCGGCGCUCCGACUACUGCCCCUUCCUGUGCUCCAGCGACUCCACAUACCAGGCAUGUGUGGCAGCCUGUGAGCCCCCUGAGACAUGCCAGGAUGGGAUGCUGGGCCCACUGGACCCGGAGCAGUGCCAGGUGCUGGGUGAGGGCUGUGUGUGCUUGGAGGGCACCAUCUUGCACCGGCGCCACUCUGCACUCUGCAUCCCAGAGGACAAGUGCGCCUGCACUGACAGCACAGGGGUGCCGCGGGCCGUGGGGGAGAUCUGGAACAGCUCCCUCAGCGGUUGCUGCCAGCACCAGUGCCAGGCCCCGGACACCAUUGUCCCAGUGGACCUGGGCUGCCCAGGCCCCCGGCCAGAGAGCUGCCCGCGCUUCGGGGAGGUGGCCCUACUUCUGCCCACCGAGGACCCUUGCUGCCUGGGGACUGUCUGCGUGUGCAACCAGACUCUGUGUGAAGGCCUCGCCCCCACCUGCCGCCCAGGCCACCGCCUCCUCACUCACUUCCAGGAGGACUCCUGCUGCCCCAGCUACAGCUGUGAGUGUGACCCAGAUCUGUGUGAGGCAGAGCCGCUCCCCAGCUGCCGCCAGGACCAGAUCCUGAUCGCCGGCCACCUGGGGGACACUUGCUGCACUUCCUACUUCUGCACCUGUGGUGACUGUCCAGAUCCCAUCCCCGAGUGCCAGGAGGGGGAAGCGCUCACCGUGCACAGAAACACCACGGAGCUCUGCUGCCCUCUGUACCAGUGUGCGUGCGAGAGCUUCCGCUGCCCCCAGGUGCAGUGUGGCAUGGGCACGGCCCUGGUGGAGGUGUGGAGCCCGGACCGCUGCUGCCCCUAUAAGUCCUGCGAGUGUGACUGUGACACAAUCCCGGUGCCCCGGUGCCAUCUGUGGGAGAAGUCCCAGCUGGACGAGGUGUUCAUGCACAGCACGGAGAACGUGUGUGGCUGUGCCAAGUACGAGUGCGUGAAGGCCCCCGUGUGCCUGAGCCGCGAGCUGGGAGUGAUGCAACCCGGCCAGACAGUGGUGGAGCUGUCGGCUGAUGGUGUGUGCCACACUGCCCGCUGCACCGACCUGCUCGACCCUCUCACUAGCUUCUACCAGAUUAACACAACCUCUGUGCUGUGUGAUGUCCACUGCGAGGCGAACCAGGAGUAUGAGCACCCGCGGGACCUGGCAGCCUGCUGCGGCUCCUGCAGGAACGUGUCCUGUCUCUUCACCUUCCCCAACGGCACCACCUCCCUGUUCUUGCCUGGGGCGUCCUGGAUCGCAGAUUGUGCCCGCCACCACUGCAGCAGCACCCCCCUGGGUGUCGUGCUUGUCCGCUCACCCAUCAGCUGCCCCCCACUCAAUGAGACGGAGUGUGCCAAGGUUGGGGGCUCCGUGGUACCUUCCUUGGAAGGAUGCUGCAGGACAUGUAAGGAGGAUGGGCGCUCCUGCAAGAAGGUGACCAUCCGCAUGACCAUCCGCAAGAACGAAUGCAGGAGCAACACCCCUGUGAACCUGGUGUCCUGCGAUGGGAGGUGCCCAUCUGCCAGCAUCUACAACUACAACAUCAACACCUACGCCCGCUUCUGCAAGUGCUGCCGCGAGGUGGGCCUGCAGCGGCGCUCCGUGCAGCUCUUCUGCGCCACCAACGCCACCUGGGUGCCCUACAUAGUGCAGGAGCCUACCGACUGCGCCUGCCAGUGGUCCUGA